ACAUGGAAAACCAGAGAAUUAGCUCAGAAAACUAUGUCUCUGCUUGGAAUUUGGGAGGUCUAGUUGUCACUCAAAUGGCUCUGAAAGCUGCAAUUGAGCUCAACGUCUUCAAUAUCAUUGCCAAUUCAGGACCCGGAACUCAUCUUACAUCGAAAGAAAUUGUAUCUCAAAUUUCAACUAAGAAUCCAAAUGUAGCAGCUGCGAAUUUGAAGCGAAUACUAAGAGUUCUAAGUGUUCACUCUCUACUCUCUGUUCAAAGGCCAAGCUCAAGUGGUAAAACAAUGCAAGAAGAGACUUAUGGUCUAACAAAGGAGACUCUUUGGCUAGUUCCAAAUGAAGAUGGAGUUUCCUUAGCUCCAUUUAUUUUGUUAUUUUCUGAAAUGGACAUGGUGAAAAGCUUAUCCAUGCUCAAAGACACAGUGCUUGAACCUGGGUGCCUUCCUUUCAACAAGGCUUAUGGUAUGUCCAUAUAUAAGUACCUGUCUGAGAAACCUGACCUGAGCCAAUUAUUUAAUAAGGGUGUAGGCCAAAGUUCCAUCCUCGAUUUUGAAGAGGUGUUAAAGGUUUACAAAGGUUUUGAAGAGGUAGAAGAGUUGAUGGAUGUUGGAGGAGGUGAUGGAAUGACAAUUUCAAAAGUAGUAUCUAGAUAUCCACACAUUCAUGGGAUUAACUUUGAUUUGCCUAACGUUAUCGUUCAAGGAACUGCUAAAUAUCAAACAGGUGUGAAAUAUGUUGGUGGAGAUAUGUUUCAGUUAAUACCGAAUGCACAGUCCAUUUUGUUGAAGUGGGUACUUCAUAAUUGGAACGAUGAUCUGUGUAAGAAAAUAUUGAAACGUUGUUGGGAGGCAUUACCAAAAACGGGGAAGGUAAUAGUUGUGGAAUUUGCAAUACCUGAAAUACUAGAGAAAACCGAAGAGGUAAAGAAAAUUGUGGCAUUAGACGUGGUCAUGAUGGCUACUCCCGGUGGUAAAGAACGAACAAUUGCUGAGUUUGACGACCUAUCAAAAGCUGCAGGCUUUGUUGAAACAAAGAUUUUUUCAAUUUCAAAUGGGUGUUAUGUUCUGGAGUUUCACAAAGUUGAAACAUAUUAG